CUCCAAUUGGAUAUCACUGCAGUUGUCUGAUAAUGGGCGGAGGGUAAAAGCCUGCAUUAGGCGGUUGUCUCCACCCCGGAUAUACCCACUUUCCCCCCGGCACAUAUACGUACAUUAGGGCCGCCACGGCUACACUUUCUCUUGUUCAUGGUUCGAAUCUGCGAGAGAAGGAUGAAGUUUUUGGUUGCAGUCACCGUAAUCGUUGGGUCAGUGAUAUUUCUGCUCUUCCCGAGCGGAUCAGACGCUGACGAGAAACAGAAGGGCCCAAAAGUCACGGCCAAGGUAAGGCACCUAGCAAUUGCAAGAGUAGCUAGCAAAUCGAAAGUCUGGAUGGAUAAAAACCAAUUUUUUUCGCACAGCUAACGUUUGCAGUAACAAACCGUAUUGUACUGUCUGACUUUUCAGUUCUAAAACAUUGCGAACUACAAUGUCACAAGACGUGAUACAAUAACAAUGAAACAAACUCGGCUAAAUGAGAUGCAGCCGCUAGGUACUAGUUAAUGCACGGCCUCGAUGCUUGCAAGGAAUGCAGGCCUUAGUUAGCUAGUUUUCUUGCUGCCCGGUUUGCAAUGUGUUCAAUCCAGUCUAUUCAAUCUUUACCUAUAUCUUGAAAUGUCUUUGUAACAAUAUCUGUUCAACCAUCUGCUUGAAGGAAAUGUGUUAACAUGUUACAUUGUCUGGUGGAGUUAGCUAGCUGCUGUAGUUAACUAGGCCACGUCCACUUGGGGCUACGUGUGAUUCUCUGCGCCCAACGUCGUAAGGUAAUUCACGAGUCUAACGAAAUAAAACGUGCACACGUGUAUUGGAAGUAAUUUUUCCAUUUCUGUUUGUGCAAUCAUUGGGUUGUUUGUGACCGGUUAUAGGCAAUGCAGUUAAUGUGGUCUUUAUUUCCAUAAUCAAGUUUCCGGACAUCCCACUGCAACUAAUGGUUAAAUAAACUAAGAAACCGGUUUUUUUUUGUGCAAACGACAACCUUUCAAACAAGCCUGGCAUACAGGACUGUCUGGGCGUAGUCUUCCUCUAAAUGAAAUGCCAAAACUAUGUUUUUAGUUUUAAAGCCACUGUAAGCAGUAGUGGUGUGUGGGUAAAAUCAAUGGGGAAGCCAGAAGAAAAAAAAAUAUUACAACCUGUGUUGUGAUUAUUGCGUUGUUUGCUCUAUAUAGUUAAGGCCUUGCGACCGUGAUAUAUAUAUCUAUUAGGCCGAGACAAAAAGACACAGUGGCAGAAUAAAUUCAACCACACUUUUUUUGUUUUAUCACAAAAUCGGAUAGCAACCUCUGUCUGGUUUAGUCCACAAAGCAUAUUGCAUGUAACAGACAGUUACAUGACCUACAGCAUGGUCAAGCAAGUUGUUUCAGUAUUUUUCGGACCACUAAACACCAAUUGAUUUAGAACCACAAGUCGGAAAGAAAACAGGAGCUGCCUCCACAAUUCCAGCACCAUUUCAACUUCAACAUAUCAACGUCAUCAAAUCACCUCUGCUUAGGCUAAUACAGUGACAAUUAAAAUAUACCAAAAACAAUUUAGCCCCAUCAAUGUAAACUAAAUGUGGCUGUCCAUGGUUCUGAUUUCUGUGCGUUCGUGCAAAUAGAAAAAUGACUCGCCCUACUUGUAGACAUGCAAAUGCCAUCCGCGACUUACAGCUAGUGCAUACUUUUUAUUUUUUAUUUUUCCUCAUGUUGAAGAAACGGUCUAUCACUGUCAUACAGUACACGCUUUUUUUGUUGUUCUAGGCUAUCUGGCUAAAAUGCUUGCUCUAGCCUAACUUCCAUUCAUGGGCAACGUUUAGCUAGUUCACAUUAGCCUUCUACAUCUAGCAACAUAUUGCAUUUCCAUCCUCUCAGGCCAGGGGCACAACAAUGUAUGAAUUAAUGAUUGGAGCAGAAUCGCCAUUAUAAUCAUUGGUCAGUACGGAGAACCACAAGGCCAAAUCCAUAUCUCCAUGGCUAAUUUAGGAAAGGGACAACUUUAGCUAGCUAGCCACCGAAGGACAACCACACAAUGAGAUGCAACAAUUCAAGUUUCUGUCAAAUGACGUAAGCUCUCAAUGCGAUUUGAAAGGUGUUACGCCAACCCCAAGCUAGCUUCCCUUGGUACGCAUUCACAGUUGAGCUCAACGCUAAUUGUAAAACUUUUUUUUAUCAAGGAAGGCCAAAUGCUCGCUGGCUUCCAUUGCAUUCCAUUCAAUGCUAUUGGUGGCAACAAUGUCAUACUCGUUUGGACCAAACCGCAUCAGAUAGAUGGCCUACACGUAGAGACAGAGGGACGCUGUUUAGCUCGCUCGGAUGCUUUUUCCGGUGAGCUACAUUCAGCCUCUUGCGAAUUGAAGGAAAAUUAUGAAACAUGGAGAGAUGGAAAAUAAGUUGUUUUAAUUUUUGUACUUUAUUUUUUCCGGAAGCUUGGCAUCCAUUCACACACCACUUGAUUUCCAUGAUAGGCCUAUAUCUUCAAGUGCUCAAGGGAUGACAUUCAAGUUGCUUUUGAUAAUUCCUGCUAACCCAUUUACUCACGCUUUCCCAUCUUAACAGGUUUAUUUUGACAUCAGAAUUGGAGAUGAGGAUGUUGGACGAAUUGUCAUUGGGUUGUUUGGGAAAACGGUACCCAAGACCGUCGAGAACUUCAUUACACUAGCAACUGGAGAGGUGAGUUAAAAAAAAAUAUAUAUAUACCCAGGGUAUCGAUUUAGCCAAUGCAUGUAAUGUUAUGGUAGAACCAUUGAGGUACUGACUAAUGCAUUGCUUCUUGUCUCAACAGAAAGGAUUUGGCUACAAAAGCAGCAAGUUCCACAGGGUUAUCAAGGACUUCAUGAUCCAGGGUGGUGACUUCACCAGAGGAGAUGGCACUGGCGGUGAGGGGAAUUUUCACACUUAGAUAUAGAUCUAACUACAAAUAAGGAUAUGGGCAUCAAUGCAAAUGUUGAUUAACGUCAAUGUCCUUGUUUCCUUGAAGGCAAGAGCAUCUACGGAGACCGCUUCCCUGAUGAAAACUUCAAGCUGAAGCACUACGGACCUUACUGGCUGAGCAUGGCCAAUGCUGGGAAGGACACAAACGGCUCCCAGUUCUUCAUCACCACCAUUCAGACACCUUGGUUGGACGGCAAGCACGUGGUCUUCGGCAAAAUUUUGGAAGGCACGGUGAGUUCUCCCCAAACACCCCCACAAAACAAAUACACACCUCCCCCUGCAGAUGAAUCUGUUUUCAUACCCCUCACGUGGUAUUGCUCUCCUACAGGAUGUGGUGAAGAAGAUUGAGGGCACAAAGACAGACGGCCGGGACAAGCCCCUCAAAGACGUGUCCAUCCACGACUGUGGAAAGAUCGACGUGGAGAAACCCUUCGCGAUCGCCAAGGAGUAAAAACAAGUCAACUCUGUUUUUAAAUGGGGGAGCAGGACUGUGGGGUUUAGGCAGACCAUUGCAUUUUCUGUUUUGCUUACCACUGGUCCUGUAGUGGGGCUCCUGCUCGGGCUGUCCUGGUAGCAGAAGCUGCCCAUUGAAGUUAAGUGCCAGACCAACAAAGGCACACUGGGUCCAUUUCCAAACAGGCAUUCCAGUAUGGUUGUCGUGCAGCUGAUACCUGCUCAUUUUGUAAAGAAUAAAUCUUCAAUAAAGGAUCCAGGUUUUGUUAAGAUGGUUUCUAGUGUUCAAUCAUUAAGGUUUUUGUAAUUUUAUUCACGUAGUCACAACCUUGGUAUGCCUUAACGUGUUCUUUUUAGUUUGUGUUAUACCUUAUUUUUAGUAUUACAUUGUUAU